UGAGUUUGGUCUCUGUGGCUGAAAGUACAUGGAUCAGUUCCGAAUCAGCUGGGAAGAGCUCUCUUAAUCAUGCUUCGUGGACACGCGAUCUCCAUCUGGUAGCCUGGUUAGUCUCUAUUUGAUAGGCCUGCAAUAUUAGCGGACAGGCCCCUACACUAUCAAACGCCAAGCUAAGCAGAAGUGGUGGUUCUGCAUCUACAAGUCCAUCGUUGAGUCUACUGGUGAUUCAGUUCACUUUGAGCCGUGGCAAACGACAGUAGACGGAAGUCUAAACGGAGCGGAAGGUUCUUCAAUCUGGAACUACUAUUAGUACUGUAGACGCGCCUUCUAUCGAUCCAGCCUUCCGUAGAAAGAACACUGAGCCGGCUGGUACGAGGUGCGAACGGCACGUUCACUUUUGCAUUCUCCACAAACCAGCGACUCUUGUAGCAAUGCCUGCAAACCAGACGCAGCCGCAAUCUCGAAAUGGGUCCAUCAAGGCGUCAACGGGUCUCCAGCUCCUGUCACCAACGUUCCAGCAGUCAAUUCAAAACUCGACGUCGAAGCUAUCGUCGUCACAUCCGGCAGAAUACUUUGGAUGGAGUACGACACCCCCUGCCAGCUUUGAUUCUUCCGAUCUCAGUUCAGCAGACACGAACGAGAACAACCAGGACACGAAAUGCAACAACGAUCCAGUAGACUUUGACUUCGACGGGUUCACGCUCGAGUCAGUGCGUGUUCGAAAGAAAUCGGUAGAGCAAGACGCGUCUGGAACGUCUGCCCGCUCAAGCUCACGUGUAACCACUAGUCAAGACCAACUACCUGGAGACUACUGUGCGUUCUACUAUGACGACAAAUUCAAGCCCAACCCACUCAGCUGCAGCAUGGGAAGCAUUCGAACUACAACUACCACCGAGGAUUUCGAGAUGUCUCGACGUCUUCAACAAAACUCGUUCCAGAAGCAGAGUGCCUUCAGUCGUUCCAGUGGGAGUGAUGCUAACCGCAGUACAUUCCAACUGAGCUCAACCGCGGCGGCGGCUGGAUUCCCCAUGGCCAAGAAGAAGGAGUUGACGGCAGUGGUGAUGCGAGGCUGGCUGCAGAAGCGUAAGGGCCUCGUACUCAAGCGCUGGAAACCGUACUACUGUCUGUUCAAGAGUGAUGACAGCCUGUGCCUCUAUGCGAGCGAGGACACGGUCAACGGUAGAUUGGAGCAGCGGUAUCAAGUUCUGCGGGUUGUGCUCACCGACAAGAAUGACUCGUUCCACAUUAUUGGCGUGGACGUUGACGGUGCCCCGCGUCGUGAGGAGUUCCGAGCCUCAGUGUCUCCGGAAUGGAACAACUGGUUCCAAGUUCUCGGCAGAUUCUUCGAUAGUUCGUCCAUGGAGCAAGCCUUCGUUCGGAAACCUGAACUCACGUUUGCUAAGGCGUUGAGCGAGACAGACGAGGGCGAUUGGGUUGACAACAACGUGGAACGCGUACCCCCCAGCAAGAACUACCAGCCUUAUGACGAGCGGUAUAGCUAUUUCGGCCAAAGGAAGCAGUCAAUAGCAGCAGUCCGCAACUCGUUCGAUGGUGAAGACAAAACGUCAACAGUCUCCUCGUCUUCUAUCCCCCGUGGUGUGAACAAUGCGCCUCAGGAAACAGCGAAGGUUAGUACGAACCAAACAACGUCAGACUGCCCCAUGAUCGAGCGAACAAGUCAGGGAACCGUUCCUAUUCUGGAGAUUCGCGCAUCGGAACCCAAGGAAGCAACACGAGCGUCUGGGUUCUCCUGGACGUAGUAGGACAGUGUGAUCCAUCAAUUUAUAAACAAUAAUACACAGUUACAGGACGCUGUUUCUCCA